AUGUAAACACCACUGGUGCUCUCGUGGAACUAAUUCCUAUAAAUACACACUUGUUAAGGAACCGGAAGUUAUGUUUGCAGAGUUCAUAAUGUCGCAAUUAAUGUACGAUAUUUUCAACUCCAAGUUGACCUGAAAGUUCUGUGAGCAUUGACAGUGAUUAUCGCCAGUCAUGGAGGAAAAGUUGGGGCCGCCCGCGACCGCUGACACGGUGGCAGCUACAUGCCCUCCUCCCUCGUACGAGGAGGUGAUGGGCCAUCAAACCGUAGGAUCUGCCAAAACCACAACAGCAGCGGAUUUACCUCCCUUGUCUUAUAUAGACAUAAUGCCCAGGCUCAUUGACCGUGGUAACAUGGACAGAAAAGUUACUCCUCAGUUUGAUAAAUUCAGUGUGGUCGUUCAAGCUGCAAACAUGUGGCUUGUUGGAAACCCUUUGUACGCAGUGUGGAAAUGUGAAACAGUGGAGCGGAAAGUGGACAAGGGAACGGUCAUCGUGAUGGAGAAUAUGGUAUACCACGAGGCCACCUUCGGCUUCAACGUGUACAUACGGGGGCUAAGGUUGUGGCUAACGAAGAAGAUCGACCCAAAUGAGCCCGUACAACAGUUAGGCCUAUUAAAUGUGGUGCCUCAGAAAGUAGCGGUCGUCCCAACGCAUCACAUGGCAUGUGGACCCCAAAUCGACAUGGGAAAUGGAAUUCGAGUGAACCUUAACAGGCGCACGAGAUGUACAGGUUAUGCUACUAUCAACGAUCCUGAAAUCCUGAAUAAAAUGGUUGUUCCGUCCAUGAAUGUGUCUUUUGAAGGCCUGCAAACUACUCUCAAAAAGCUGAACGAGGACCUGAAAUCCCGCCCAUUACAAGGCACUAUAUUGAACGUGGAGACGACGACUAUGAAGACGUUUGAAGGUUUCGGUGGCAGCGGGGACAUGGAUCCCGACCAGACUUGCUGGCAUGAGGACGGAAACAAGUUCAAACGCUUCACCCAGAUCAUCCGGGUCUUCUACGUCAUAGGACCCCCAGCCAAUGAACAAAUCAUGAUAGAGGAUUUCAUACCGCAAGUGACACAGCGAGGGGAUAUCAUGAAAGCUUGUCACUUUGAGACGUGGACGCAGGUUAUGACACGUGUCAGCACGUGGAUACCUAACCAGACGGGAGUUCGAAUCGUAAAUCUCCAAACUCAGUAUACGAAAUACAGUGAAUACAAUGGUGAAGUAAGGGUGGCCUCAGACUCCACAGAUGAUUAUGUGACUAACUUGGCUGACCGGAAACUGAUGAAAAUAAUGCGCGUGUUUUUCGUAACACGGCCUGGUCCCGGUCCACCUCAAAUCGGUCACCUAAGCUGCCGUACAUUUUUACCUGUACGAAAAUCACGCGCAGACUUCGAGUCCAUGAGCGAAACUAUGUUCCGAAUUACAGCGUGGCUAAAGGUGACAGGAAUGCAAAUAUUCAGCGUGGAGACGCAUCAAUUUCUCUUUAAAGAGAACAGGGCUUCUGGUGUUGAACAGGAUAAGUGUAACAUUAUCAAUCAGGGAAUGUCUGGCAAGAAAUACAUCACGGCCGUAUCAGUUUACUUCGCCUACCCGUUUCAGGAGCCACAUCCUGCUUACUUACCUCCUGUGUAUACUAUGUACGACCCAAAUAACGCCCAGUCGUCCGCAUCAUGUGCCAUUCUUUAGUGUAGGUGUACGGUCCAGACAUGACACAUGAUUGCAUACUGUGAUAAUCAACUCCAAGACAUAUCAAGUACAGGAACCGAGCCCAACAUAUUGUACUUGUCAAUUAUCGCGAAUAUAUUUAUGUACAGGAAACGGAUCCACUGUGAUGUCAUGUUUUUUUACAGUUAUGUUGGACUUGAGAUAAAUAUUAGCCAAACACUUUGUUAUGACGAGCAUUGUAAAGUUGAUGUUUUUAGUUGUAAUUUUAUUUACUUACUCAGUGUGUCCAGGUUUUACAUGAAAAUCAUUACAAGUACUUUAAAGAUGAUAAUAAACGGACAUGUACCUAUAUAUACUAAAGAUAUUUUGUGAUAUACUUUAAUAAGCUAGUUUAUGAUGUGUUGUAAUAUCACGUUUUUUUCUCUCAUAUACUGAAUUAAGACAAGUUUGUGAUAUGUUACAAAAUAUUCUUUACAUGUUUGCGAUAUACUGUUAUUAUUUUUUCUGUCUAUCAUUGAAUUUUUGUAUAGUUCAUACUAUUUAUUAUAAACGUUGAUCUUAUUUAUUUUGAUAAUAACCAUGUACAAGCCUAUUGUGAUAUUACAAACUGAAACUAUUGUUAUACUGUCAAUUUUUUUUUUAUACUUUAUUUACUCACGCUGAGCAUUAUAUCAUCUUCAAUGUCAAUAAAUCACCUUGGUGAUGUAUUAAUUGACAUGUGAAAUAGCGAAUUUGGACACAGUCCACCGUUUGCGGACUAAUGAUACCCUCGCACCAAAAAAAACCCAUUAAAUUUAAUCGUUAAAAUAUGUUCGUUAUGUUCAGAAAUCUAUACAUGGGAACACUUAAGUUCGUGUUGACAACUGACUGCACCAACAAAGUCUGGUGCUAGAUGCCAAUAUUUGAUGACCCAUUAUCUGUAUAUUAAACGGUUUUAUGUGAUUACUAUUAAAUUGAUUAAC